GUAAACAUUGAAUUGCUGUGAGUUUUGGCGAAAAACCCGACACUAUUUGGCACUCAAUUAACCACUCAUUUGAUGGACACGUGAUUUAAAGGCCAAUCACAUCACCACUGAAUCUCCCGAUAGUGUCCACAAUGUGUCCCAUUAUAUGAACAAACUUUUCAUAGACUAUAUCCCCAACUAAUACUCAACUCAUCGGUUAACUGGAGCUUAAGAUCUUUGAAUUAACCACUAUUUCAUUGCCGAAGACAUGGCUGAAUCGUUUGCCGCGAAUCAACUCAACGCCCAAUCGGUGGUCACGUCGGACACGAAUCCAUCCAUAUUUGAAGUGUUGGCUCAACAGAGUCUGGCCACUGGUCUCCGAAGAGCCGCCGAUUAUCUCACGAAAAUUUUAUACACAAAUAAUAGCCAGAAGUUUGAGUUUUUGUACGACAACUUCGAUGAGAUAUAUCUCUUGUUUGACAUUUGUGUCCAGUUUUGUCACUUAAAGGCAUUCAACGCCUCAUUCUCUGAGCACUUCUACAGUCUUAAGCGAGUCUCAGAUAAUCAGACAAAUCGUGGCCUAAAUCGGCGACAAUUUGUCAGUUCGUUAGUCCUAUUGACAGCCUUUCCAUACAUUAAGUCUAAGUUUGACUCAUUGUAUGCGAGACUGAAGUUAAGACAAUUGGAGUCACAAACGACGGACCAAUCCGUGAGACAAUUGUUUGUCAAAACAUAUCCAAUGAUUCGCACGUUUUGUCAAUUAGUGAGCCUUUACUAUGAGGUGAGCUAUACUGUGGGCCGGAAUCGCUAUCAUUCGCCACUUCUUCGGCUGUCAAACGUUAGACUCAUUAACUUAGACGACGACGACUUGAAAUCAAUUAGUGAUAAAUCGGUGAUAAGGGAGACAAACAUGGAUUGGUUCGCACACUUCGCGCGACUAUCAAUGGCCGGAACCAAGUGUUUGGCCAAAGGCUUCGCCGCCGGUCUGUCUGUCGGCGCCUUUUUUAUACAGUUCCUCGACUACUGGUACAGCACCGACAUGUAUGCCCACAGUUUCGCACCCCUUCCCGUACCGCCACCUCCGCCCCAAACCAGUGACCACAUGAUCAGUAUUUUAUAUAAAUCGGUGAUAAGGGAGACAAACAUGGAUUGGUUCGCACACUUCGCGCGACUAUCAAUGGCCGGAACCAAGUGUUUGGCCAAAGGCUUCGCCGCCGGUCUGUCUGUCGGCGCCUUUUUUAUACAAUUCCUCGACUACUGGUACAGCACCGACAUGUAUGCCCACAGUUUCGCACCCCUUCCCGUACCGCCACCUCCGCUCCAAAUUGAUAUCAAUGUUCCGAUAGACAAGUGUCCCAUUUGUCUGAGAGUACGCCAAAACGAUACGGCGCUCAUGACAACCGGGUUUGUGUUUUGCUACUCAUGUAUUGUGAAUCACUUGCAAACUAACAGCCACUGCCCGAUCACUGGCUACCCUUCCACUGUUGACCAUCUCAUUAAACUCUAUCCACCAGACCAGUGACCACAUGAUCAGUAUUUUAGUUAUUAAUAGUAAUUAUAAAGUUCUCGUUAAGGACAUUCAAAUUUAUCC